AGGUCUGCAAACAAAUCCCGCCUCCUCUUCUGGGAUUGACGGCCCUAACAUCCAAUCAGUCUGCGGGUGUUGAGCCCGUUAGAGGUGGACCAAUCCAUAAGCGAAGAGCUCCUUACAAAUGAACUCAGGGCGGAUAUUGAGAUCGUUCUUGGCCCGUCAUUGGUCAGACGGAAUUGACGUCAUAGGUUCGUCAUACCUCGAGGAAGCGGGAACUCCAGCGGCCUCGUUUGGAUCUUUUCAUGUCGGCACGGAUUGAGAAAGUACGCUAAAACUUACCGACACGAUCCAAAGCUUCACCGAUGGCCGCCGAGAAAGAAAUAUGGCAGAAGAUUGGCGAGGGCUUUGUCCAGGAAUAUUAUAACCAGUUUGACAACACCAACAGGACAACUCUGGGUGACCUAUACAGUGCCGAUGCCUGUUUGACGUGGGAAGGUUCCAGUUUUCCUGGGAAAGCAGCCAUUGCUGGCAAAUUAGCUAGUUUGCCAUUUAAGUCGAUAAAGCACAUUAUCACAGAACAAGACUUUCAACCCACGGUGGAUAGUUGUAUCUUCAUCAUGGUGUUUGGACAGUUGAAGGUAGAUGAUGAUCCACCGAUGGCUUUUCACCAGGUGUUUAUGCUGAAGCAUCAUGCGUGCUCAUGGGUCUGCACAAACGAUGUGUUCCGGUUGGGGAUACACAACAUACCAGCGUAGCGAUAGCAUUUUAUCGGCUAAUAAAUACCAUUCUGUGGUUAAACUGUCAUUAAAAAAAACAAACAAGGGAUUGUAUGCAGUAGUUCUUUCAGGUUUACAUGACAUCAAUAAGCAGGUUAGUUGUAAUAUAUUUAUGUCAAAUUGCAUUCCUGUCCAAUAAAAAGACUUUCAGUCUUAA